GGCGCGGUCGCGCUGGCCCUGCCACUUUUUUCUCAGAGGCGCCCUCAGCACGCACGCACCGCGACGGGUCGCAUCCAGCGCAGCGCAUCGCCGCCAUUCGCAAAGUGCACAAGAGCUGACCUAUUGUUGAACAGAAAGCACAUUCUUGAGAAUCGACUGCGAGUGUUGCCCCGUUGAGGCCCGGAGACGAGUUUUUGGUGAGGAGAGAAAGGGUUGGUGUUCCGCGUCAGCGUAGAUCUCCCUGCGCAGUCACCUGCCCGACGUCAUUCUACCACUUCAGACAAUGGCUGCCGCUACAACAUCAUCCAGCAUGUCGCCCAAGGAUAACGUGAACAAGUCGCUCCCGAGCAAAGUCGAAGAACCAGUGAAGGUGGAAGCCACCGACAAGCAGCCGGCGAACACCCAAGAGACGACCGCCUCAGACGCAAAGCCUGCCACGUCCAAUGCGCCCUUGGGCCCUCCACCGAAACCGACUACCACUGGCGAUACUCCAGACUACUUCAACACGGUGCACAACGCCUUUAGCGUUGAGCCCAACCCGUUCGAGGCUUCUUUCGGAGGCCAAUCAGGACCAGCCGAAACCCCCGGAAAGACUGUCUUGCCCCCUGUCGCUAACAUAACGUCGCCAGCGCCACUGCCAGGUAUUACACCUGGUUGGCAAUCACUUCGUGCGGGACCCCUGAGCCCUGCUAUGCUAUCAGGCCCCACGAGCCAGGCUGAUUACUUCAGCGAGUCGUUUAGAGGAUUUCCAACGCCUAACGAGUCUUCUCUGAGAACCGGUUUGACGCCUGGUGGGGGCGGGUCUAUGUUCCCUGCGCCUAGUCCCAACACCCAAGCUAUCUUCAAUCUCCAGAGCACAGGCGUUACACCCGGCACGGCUGAAUUCCAGCAGUCGGCUCUACGUGCCGCUGCUCAAGCCCAAGCCAAUCAGAACAAGGCCAUCGGCACCUCGGGUCCCACUUCGCAACCCGAUACCGUCACCGCUGGAAUGGAUCGAAAUAACUUCCCUCUGCAACAGCCUCAGCAGCGUCGUGCUCAGAACGACCCCUAUGCAAAUCACGACGUUAGUAACGCCGCCAAUGACCUGCUAUCUUUUGCAACUCAGAACGGAGGUGCUCGCAACGGCCAACAGCCCUAUUCCAUGCCGCCUCAACAGCAGGGUAUGCAUGCUGGGCAUAUGCCUGUUCAGCCCGUCAGCCAUGAUAACAGCCGCCGCAAUACAAAGGGCUCUAUCAACAGCAUGACCGGCUCCGCCGAUACUGGAGACUUUUCUGAAAGUGGCCAGAGUGAGGAAGCGAAGACUAAUACUCGUUCGCGCGGUAAGAAGGGCGCUGCCAAUCAAAAACAGACUGCCGGGACCAAGCGAAAAGCAGACGAACCCAAAGGAAACAGCAGGAAGAAGAGUGUUGCCGCAUCUCUAGGUGAUGAAGACGAAGACAUGCAUUCGGACGAUGAUAUGAAGAAUGAAGAAAUUAAUGGCAGGAAGAUGACCGACGAGGAGAAGCGCAAGAACUUCCUCGAACGAAACAGGGUUGCUGCACUCAAGUGUCGUCAACGUAAGAAGCAGUGGCUUGCCAAUCUUCAGGCCAAGGUGGAACUGUUCAGUACAGAGAACGAUGCUCUCUCGGCUACAGUUACGCAACUGCGUGAGGAGAUCGUCAACCUUAAGACCCUUCUUCUUGCACACAAGGACUGCCCCGUCUCCCAGGCCCAAGGCUUACAUGGCGCGGCUAUGAACAACUUCCUCGGGAGCGACAUGAAUCACCAAAACCCGUACGGUAUUGCCCAAUUACAGCCCAAUGGGGUGCAUAUGGGCAUGCCUAUGCAACCCAACGGCCAGAUGAUGAACCGGUUCGUAUUCCCAUCUCAACGUGGACCAGGUGCAGAGGACCAGGAAAAUGCAUCUUACCCACCCAAGUACUAGGAUAAUGGCUUACCGAACUUCCAGAUAAACGCAAUGGGAGUGCGUUGAGUGUGCGUUGAACAUGCGACUGCGCCUUGCUGACUGCCCCAAUGGCAUGUCGACCAACAGCCUUACGGCCACGCUACUCCGGCACUCACGGCA